CGUUGCUAAGGGCGGCCGCCAUGACAGCGGCGCCGGAGCUCGGGGCUUUCUUCGUCCUCAUCCUCCUCCUCUUUCCGCCGCCGCCGCUCCGGGCAGAAGAGCCCGGAGAUACUCAUGAUGCCGCACGGGUCCGCAGCGCGCCGGCCCCGGUCACGGACGUUGCCAGGCUGUGUGUCUGCGACCUGCUGGUGGCACAGUGUGAUGUCAACUGCUGCUGUGACCCCGACUGCAGCGCCGAGGACUUCAGCCUCUUCACCACCUGCACCGUCCCUGUGGUCAUAGGUGACAGGCGGCUGUGUAGUCAGAAAGCUGCUGUGUAUUCUCUUGAUGUUGAAGCAAAUCCACCAGAAAGGAUAUUUAAAUUAACUGACCAAGUCAAUCCCAGUAUUUUCUGCAUUCAUGCUACAAACUAUAAACAAGCCCUGUACCUCAAAACCCCUGAAAUCCCAACUCCAGAAAAUUUUGAUCAGUUGCUUGAAAAAUAUGGAGGUGCUUCUUUCAGGACUGAGCCUGACAGCUGGGAUUUGGAUACAGAUGUUCAAAAUCCCCCUGAGGCAAAUGAAACUUCCAGAUAUGAGUAUGGGGCUCCUGUGCAGACAGAGGAUGCAUUUCUAAGGCUGCCAAGUCCUGUUGUCUCUUCUUGGUGCUCUGAUGCAAAUCCUGCAGGGUUUUUAGUAAACCAAGCCACAAAAUGCAUUAGAUCAGUAAGUGUGGAAAAAUGUGACAGCAUUCAAGCACUUAGCAUGUUGUUUUAUAUCAACUCCAGCAUUUUGGCAGUGCCCAAAUCAAGUCAGAUGGUGAAUAUUACUGUCCAGUCCAUAGUCGUGCAGUCUGUGAAUGGAAUGAGGACUUUACUGAGCAGCACUGAUGUCCUGAGGCUCCCGAUGGUUUUGGAUGAGCUGUGCAUCAAUGCAGUUCUUGGGGUGAAAUAUCACAUUACCCACACAGACAUGGGAGAAAUAAUAGAAGCAGCUGCUGCUUUUGUCUUGGGGGCAAUUAGCAAAGAAGAACUUUCAAUAGAGCAGAGCUUCGAAAUCAGCUUCACUCAGGAAAAUACACAGCCAGUUGCUCUGAGUGGCAAUCCUGGUUAUGUUGUUGGGCUGCCUGUCAGAGCAGGAUUCCAGCCUCAAGGAUCUGGCAUCAUUCAGAGCAGUAACAAACACAGCCAACUCACCAUUCUGCACAGCACAUCCACCCAGGACUGCCUGGCAGCACAGGGAGCCAGAGCCCCAGUAUUAUUUGGUUAUAACAUGAUAUCAGGCUGUAAGUUACGAAUUACAGCAGCUAUGAAAUGCCAGCCUUUGGCUCAGACCCUCCUUGAUGUGCUGAAGGGCCAAAGCUUCCCUGAGUAUGUGGCCUCAUUUGGGAAUUCUCAAGCCCAGGAUGUGCUUGACUGGGUGCCAAUAACUCAGCUCCACAUCUCAGAACAGAGCUCAUGCCAAAUACCAGUGUCACUGGGAAUAGAAGUGAAGUGGACUAAAUAUGGAUCCCUGGUCAAUCCACAAGCCAGGAUAGUGAAUGUUACAGCCACAAUCACUACCACCACACUGAAGCAGCUUCCCUCAGGAAGGGAAAGGAUUAUUCCUAUAACAAGUUCUGUGGUUUUCACUGACAUUUCUGCACCUGCAGAGCCAAGCUACAAAGCUUGGCCCACCAUUAACAUCAAGUUACCCUUUGACUUUUUCUAUCCUUUUGUCUAAGUUGUAGAUACUGGGCUAAAAUUGGCCAAGAGAGGAAGGGUGAGACCUUGUGAGUGUUCUCAGAAGGUUCAGGGUGAAGAAACCCCCAUGAAGUGGAAAGUACCCAAUUAUAACUCUGCAGAGGACAAAGGUUGCAGUUUGAACUUGCUGGUGGCUCUGGCCCAGUCACAGCCACCACGUGGGACCCAGCCCCAGCCUGCCCAGCAGAGGCAGGAGGGACACACAGGGAAAGCAGGUUCAUUAUCCCAAAACAGCAGAGCUAAAUUGCUAAUUAAACUCAUCAUGUGCUAUUAGAUAAAGCCUCUGCUUUAUCUCCUUGCAUAGAUGAAUAAGCCACAUAUUUCUGGCUAUUUUUCCCACACUACUAAUUAAUUACCUUUUUUAAAAAAAUCUGAACAGUUGAGUUGUGCUUUCAGUGACCCCUCCAGCUGAGUGGGGCUGAAAUCCAUUGGAGACACCUGCUGCAGUCACCAUCUCUCAGAAUUCCCACUUCUUAAACCUCACUUUUGAGCUUUCAAAAAGCCUCUCCACAGGGACACUCUAGUACCUGAAAAAAUUCAAACACCAGCCUGGCCUUUUAGAAUUUGCUUUUUCAUGGCUUUUCUGGAGUCUGACUGUUCCCAGCAGUGCACUCACCUACAUCUGUUCUUACAUAUUACAGUUCUUUUAAUACAUGGAUUUAUGAGAUGUGGAAACAAAGAACUUUGCAGCCCCAUGGGCUGUGAAGGAACAGUGAAAAGGGAAGAAGAGAUGAGGGAAUGCAGAACUGGGAUCUGCUGCUGGAACAAGGCAUUGUUUGAUGUAAGAUGGCACAUGUUUGCCUCUAUUUUGGGGCUGAUUUCUUUGUCAGGGAAAGGAGUGGUGUGUUGGUGUUUCUGAAAUGAAUGUUAUAUAAAUAACAAAGUGGCACAAGCAGCAACAGAAAUGAGGAAACUACCAACAGUAUGAAAAGAAUGGCUGGCAAAGAUUUGUAUUGAUGAUGAACAGGCAGCUGGUGGAGAAGAAAUUACCUUUUCAUCCUGGGUUCUUAUAAUUUGUACUUCAAGUUUGUUGCAAACAAAGAAUGUUAUUACAGAAGAAAAAUAUUUUAAAUAAGUGGUACUUUUCUGGAUGUAUAGCUUGUAAAGAUAUGUCUUUAUUAAGUUAUUUUGCAGUUUUGACUGUACAACUGUACAAGAAAAGAAAAAAAAAUACUGUUUA